AUGAAAGUAUCAAAGAAUCACGUUAAAAAGUCUGCAGGAAACAGGACAAAGAAGCUUAACCGGGAAAACAUUUUAAAGCACCAGUUAAGCAGACUUGGCCGAGCUGGUGGUCUGAGAGAUUUACGUUUCGGGGCCAAAGAUAAGCAUAAAAGUGAAGACGAGAAGGCAUUGCAAAGGCAUAUUGUCGAAAGGCUGCGUCAAUUAGACGAUGUCGGAUUCGAGUACGACGAGGACGAUCCAAUGAACAAAGCUGCUUUCGGUGGUGACGUGAUUGGCAGAGCAACUCGCAUGAGGUUAGAUGAGAAGGCCGAUGGUGGCAUUCAAGCUGAUGUUGUGGAGGAGCAAUUCUUUGGUUCUGCUCAGAACGGCAACUUUAGGGAUGCGCUAUCAACGAAAAUUGCCGAAUCUAAACUAAAGAAGUUGAAACGUGUAGAAGAGAAUGAAGAACAACGAGAACGGUUGAAAAUAGUAGAUAUUGCUUGGUCCCGCAAUAUACGAUUCAUGCUAGAACAUUUAUCAUCAUUGAAAGUUCCUAUGCCUCGUGGUUCGAAUAGGGCAUUGGAUAAUCGUAAAUCCGUUUCGCAGUGGCUGGAACAACUGACUUCUGAUAGGCGUAUUCCACCGGUGGAUGCAAAGCCAACUUCCACGAGUGAGGAAAAGCUUUUGGAUAAUCUCAGGUCCACUCUAGAAAACCGUCUUGCAUCAUCGCCAGCGACAGAAUCAACAUCACGCGGUGUAGAUGACGUGGAUAGACCGGCAAAAGUUGUAGGCUAUCUUCUACGCGUAUUACUUCGAAUGUCUGAGCAUGAAGAGGCUGUAGUGGUCUUUGUGGCCAACGAGCUGCGGAAUGCCACUUUCCCGAGUCUAAACAAUGUCAUUCAUAACCUUUUCCUUGUUGAACUGUUGAUGGAGCGUUUCCAGUCAAAAUUCGCGGUGGGCCAGAAACAUUCCAUUGCCGAUAGUUACAGGUCUACUUGCAUACGCGUGCUAUGUCCUGAGCUUGUUUUUGCGCUGACUCGAAUGUUUCGUCUUGCAUCAUCGCCGGUCGCCAACAACUCUACCCUCCCACUUCUCAUUAUUCGAGGGGAUAUGGCGACUGUACCAUUAGAGGAAUACUGCAAUUUGGAUCUGAAACUUUCCGAUUCAUCCGCGGUCAUACCUAAGAGCCGCACACCUCUCAUCCAGUUGGCAUGCCUACAUCGCAUGUUGUGCUUAUCCACAAAUCUUCACCAAGCCCUUAGCAUUCUUCUCCCCAGUUGUGUAUGCUCUCUACUGUUUGCACCGAUGCGACAACUGCUUAUUUCUUUGCAUGCGGACCGCUUCCCUGCAGAACUGCGGGUGCGUUUGACGGAUUUGCUGCUUUCUAUGCAGUCACUGGCUCAGAUGGGAACCCCGAAACCUCUAGUGCCCAAGGCACGCCUUGCCAUUCUUUCUUCAGAACGACCGGAAGAUUCGCGUGCCUUGAAGAAGUUCGGUUUGUUGCCACAACUGGAGCCUCGCUUCGAAGAGAAGUUGCAUCUCCGUCGCACUAAAGCAGACUCCAAACGCACUCUGCUAAGGAAGGUCGCUCGUGAAAGACGUGGAGCGAUGCGCGAACUUCGCCGUGACGGCCAAUCACUGGCCUCGCAUCAACUCAAGGUUACUAAAACAAGUGACGCUAUGCGAAUCCAAAAGACACAGGCUAUUUUGAAUUCCCUGCGAACAAUUGAAGAUUGA